AGACUGCAGCUACCACAGUCACUUGUCAGCAGGGAACAGCAAGGGUACCCAGGGUGGUUUGACUGGGAAUGUUUCAUGCAAUUAAUCCUGAGCUGGGAGUCCUGCAAUGCAAUGUCUUUCCUCUGAAAGCACCUGAGUGCUGUAGUAACAGAAACAGUGGUUGCCUGAGACCUUACAUCAUGCUAGGGCAGACUCCUUGGCUUGAUGGUGGGUAAGAACACCUCUGGGUAGGUUUGAAUACAGCUCUGGUUUUCCUAUUUAGGUAAUUUGCAGCAUAGUGUAAGGGUAUAACCUUCACACAUGGGAUGUCUGAUUUCUUGUACCAGCUCUAUGGUGCUGGAUAAUCGUGAGUUGGCCAUGACACUUCUCUUUGCCUCUGUCACCCCAUCACUGAAGGAGACAUAAUGCCCCUCUUUUUGUAAUGUCCUGCAGUACCUCUAGAUGCAAUGGGGUAGCUAAGUACUAUACAUCCACAACAAAAACAGAAAGAAAUGCACCUUUGGAGGAGUGAAUCCUUCUCUCUACCUCUCCUUCUUGGGCUGCUCUGGCAUCAAUAGUGAGCUGGGUAAUCACCCGACUCUCCUCUGUUUGCAGACUGGGGUAAGAUAGGUGGUUUCCCAACAUAAACAUGCUUUUUUUCUCCUUCCUGAAAACAUGGUGUUAAUUUUGCUCUGUGGCUUCAGGGUGCUGUAAUAAAGAAAGGGUAGCAGGCAAAUACAUUCUGGAUCUCUGAAUCAGUAAGAAUAAGCAGCCAGCUUUGCUUUGUUUUUAUUUUUGUUUCAGUAGAAACACGCUUCCCACAAUAACUUUUGAAACUUACACGUGGCACAGACGGGGGAUCAGUUCCAGUUGAUAGGAGCCUGGAAGAAGAGAGGGAGGAAAUAACUUAAUUGCUUUAGACUUUAGUUCAGCUGGAGUCAAGAAGAAAGAAUCGUGUGGGGAUUUUUUUUGGGGGGUAAGGGGAGGAAUACAGCAAGAAGGUCGUGUUCUUGGUGAGGAGAGCUCCUCUGCAGAUUUUGUGAAGUGCAGGAAACUCGUUGGUAGAGGGUUGCCUAUUACUCCCUCUAAUUCUGCUGCUCACAUCUGGAAAGGAUCUGGCUUGGAAAGGGGAGACUUGCUCUGAGCUCAGCACAUGUAACUGACAUGGCAUGAGCUGAGGGAGCCUGUGGGGGCAAGAGAAAUGUUCUUCAUUCAUCUGAUCUCUGACAGCAAAGCUUUUACAGAUAUGGAAGCUGUGGAAUAGUGGAGCAGGGGGAAGAGGGAUCAAGCAAACAAUGUUAAAUUCUUAAAAUCACCCAGCAAGUUGAUAGCAAAGACCAGGACCAAACCAAACUCAUCCAUAUCUCAGGGCAGUGCUCUGUCCUGUAGUGCCACCCUUCUCCCAUUUCUUCAAGUGGGCGAUGCCGGCCGGCGGCCGGGCGCUGCUGGCGCUGGGGCUCCUGGCUCUGGGCUGCGCCGCCGCCAUCGCCGCCGAUUUCCCCGAGGGCUCCCCCGAGCGGCGGCGCCGACCCCCGGCCCCGGCCCCUGGCUGCCCCCGGGACUGCGGCUGCACACAGGAGGGCGUCGUGGACUGCGGCGGCAUCGACCUGAAGGAGUUCCCGCUGCUGCUGCCCGAGCUCACCAACCACCUCUCGCUGCAGAAUAACCAGAUAGAAGAAAUCUUUCCAGAAGAGCUUGCUCGUCUUCACAGACUAGAAACUCUCAAUUUGCAAAACAACAGGCUGACUUCAAAAGGGCUUCCAGAGGAAGCAUUUGAGCAUCUGGAGAACCUGAACUACCUAUACCUGGCAAACAAUAAGCUAACAGUGGCUCCAAAAUUCCUCCCGAAUACCUUGAUCAGUGCAGAUUUUGCAGCCAAUUAUCUCACCAAGAUAUAUGGACUCACAUUUGGACAGAAACCAAACUUGAGAUCUGUGUAUCUUCAUAACAACAAACUUUCAGAUGCUGGGUUACCUGAUAGCAUGUUCAAUGGCUCUGAUAAUGUGGAGAUACUCAUCAUGUCCAGCAAUUUCCUGAAAUAUGUUCCAAAGAAUCUCCCUCCAGCCUUAUACAAAUUGCAUUUAAAGAACAACAAGUUAGAGAAGAUUCCCAAAGGAGCCUUCAGUGAACUUACAGGUCUGCGGGAGCUGUAUUUACAGAAUAAUUACUUAACUAAUGAAGGAAUGGACAAUGAAACUUUCUGGAAACUGUCUAGUCUUGAAUACCUGGAUUUGUCCAGCAAUAACCUCUCACAAAUCCCAAGUGGUUUACCUCGAAACAUCGUCCUCCUUCACCUGGAGAAGAAUGCAAUUAAGGUGAUUGGCAGAGAUGUCUUGACCCAAAUUAAGAACCUUGAGUACCUUCUGCUCCACAAUAACAAAUUAAAAGCCCGAGGUAUUCACCCAUUAGCCUUCCAGGGCUUAAAGAAACUGCACACUGUCCACCUGUACAACAACAUGCUGGAAAGGAUUCCCAGCGGUCUGCCCCGACGAGUGAAAACACUUAUGAUCCUUCAUAACCAGAUCUCUGAGAUUAACAGGAAUGACUUCGCUACCACUUACUUCCUUGAAGAGCUGAACCUGAGCUACAAUAAGCUCAAAAGCCCCCAGAUCCAUCGGGAGGCCUUCCGUAAAUUGAGGCAACUAAAGUCCUUGGAUCUUUCUGGAAAUCAUCUCAACACAGUGCCGUUUGGCUUCCCAAAGAACUUGCAGAUUCUGAAACUGAAGGAAAAUGAGAUAAGCAUCAUCCCAAAAGGGACUUUGUCUGGGAUGACAAAACUGCGGGAACUGUAUUUGAGCAACAAUAAACUGAAAGUCAAUUCCAUUUAUUCAAGAGCGUGGAGAGAACUCAGCAGUCUCCAGUCACUAGACAUGGCUGGCAACCAGCUGCUUUCUAUCCCAUCAGGCCUGCCGGAAUCUCUAGAAUAUCUGUACCUUCAGAACAACAAGAUCACAACCAUUUCAGAGAAUGCUUUUGAAUCCACACCCAAAAUAAAGGGAAUUUACCUCAGGUUUAACAAGAUUGCAGUUGGAGCACUGAAGGAGAAUCUCUUCCAAAGCCUAAAGUACUUACAAGUACUGGAUAUUGAAGGCAACCUUGAAUUCAGCAACACUUCAAAGAAUAAGGAUGACUCAGAAGAGGAAAUGGAAGAUGAGGAAGAGGAAGAAAACUGAGAUAAAAUAUGAACUCACAGAAGUACAUCAUGUUGGAGGAAAGCAUAUGGAAAAUUACAUAUAUGUCUAUGUGUAUAUAUCUAUAUAGAUAUAUAGAGAACACUUAGCAAAACAUGCAGUGAAUUAUGCAGAAACUGUUACGGCACUGGGCCAGGCUUAUGGAAGACAAUGUGUUACAGUGCCUUAUUCAGGGAGAGACCCUGAAUGCCUUUCCAAAGCUUCCAAAUCAUCUUAUACAAGACCCAGGAUCAUAAGGGAUUGCUCUGGAACUCACAAAAGCUGGCUUUUGUUUCUUCUGUUUUUCUUCCUUCACUGUUUCCAUCUGUAAUAACAAUAUGGGACUGUUUUGAACACAUGCCUUCAAAUGCUGUUUUUGUCACUGCAUUUUAAGUGAACCAUGUAUAUGCUUCUUUUCUUUUCUGCCACCCCAAAGAAACUGUUGUUGAUCAGGCAAGAGGAGUAUGCGCAGUAGUUUCAUGUGUGGAGCAGUAUAUGAGGCAUUUGGGUCAUCAAGCAGCAGUAAUAUGUCUGGAUUAAACUAUUCCUCUGUUAGAACAAUGUGUAUAUUUGGAAGAGAAAAACAAAUUAAGGCUGGAUCCCAAAAUAUUUUAUCUCUACUGCCAAAGCCUGCAGUAUAUGCCUGUUUUAGAAAGGUUUUAUAAUAAAACAAUUGCUCUUGUGAAUAUAUAUAAAAAACUAUGUCUACCUUCCAGAGGUUUGGUAUA